AUUCACACAGGAGAGAAGCCAUUUUUAUGUCCUGAAUGUGAAAAGUGGUUUACUAAGAAAUCAAAUCUUAAUACACAUCUGAGAACUCACACAGGAGAGAAGCCAUAUUCAUGUCCUGAAUGUGAGAAAUGUUUUACUUAUAAAUCAAGUCUUAUUAAACAUCAAAGAAUUCACACAGGAGAGAAACCAUUUCCAUGUCCUGAAUGUGAGAAGUGUUUUAAUCAGAAAGAACAUCUUAAUAAACAUCUGAGAACUCACACAGGAGAGAAGCCAUUUUCAUGUUCUGAAUGUGAGAAGUGUUUUAGUCAGAAAUCAAAUCUUGUGCAACAUCAGAGAAUUCACAAAGGAGAGAAGGGAUUUUCAUGUCCCGAAUGUGAAAAGUGUUUUAGUAAGAAAUCAAUUCUAGAGGAACAUCAGAGAAUUCACACCAGGAUUAAGCCAUUUUUAUGUCCGGAAUGUGGAAAAUAUUUUAUUGGUAAAUCAAAUCUUGUUGUACAUCUGAGAAUUCACACAGGAGAGAAGCCAUAUUCAUGUCCUGAAUGUGAGAAAUGUUUUACUUAUAAAUCAGUUCUUAUUAAACAUCAAAGAAUUCACACAGGAGAGAAACCAUUUCCAUGUCCUGAAUCUGCUUUCUUUGAGGAACAUGGCUUUGAACCAGACAAAAUAAUUACAAUGAUAAUUUCUGUGAAAGAACACUUGCAUAUGCUUGAAGAUGAAAUUUCAUUGUACUUUCCAAAUCUACCGGACACCCCAUUUGCUCUGGCCAGAAGCCCAUUCACAGUCAAAGUUGAAGAUGUUCCUGAGACAGCACAAGAGGAGUUCAUUGAACUUAUUAACAACGAUGCAGCGAGAACUGAUUUCUCUACAAUGCCUGUUACAAAAUUCUGGAUCAAGCAUUUGCAGUCAUAUCCUGUUCUGUCUGAGACCGUGUUGCGCCUUCUUCUUCCAUUUCCAACAACUUAUCUAUGUGAAACAGGGUUUUCCAGCUUGUUGGUUAUCAAGUCUAAAUACAGAAGUAGACUUGUUGUGGAAGAUGAUCUUCGGUGUGCUCUUGCAAAGACUGCCCCAAGAAUUUCUGAUCUGGUGAGAAGAAAGCAAUCUCAACCUUCGCACUAA